CGGAACAAUAAAUAAAAAUAAGUGAGGUUGUGUAAUUGAAUUCUUACAAAAUAUGAAAUUAACAAAUUUUGAGUAUAAAGUAUGCCAGAGUACUUGUAAAUUGUAAUAAGGCAAAAAAAACAUGUUAAUUAAAGUUUAUUAAGCAAUUCUUAUAUUUAUUGUUUAAAAAAAUAUAAAAAGCUUUGAAGAAAAUGGGUGAUGCUCACCAACUAAAAAUAAACAUAGAAAUUCCUUUCCAAAGCAACAGAAUUGCUGAGAUAGCGUAUGAUGUAUUGAGAGUAGAUAAAGAACCAAAACGCAGUGGUGUAACAAAGAAUUUAAGUGUUAAAGAAAAUAUUUUAGCAGUGAAAUUCUCGACUUCGCUUGCAAGGCAACUUCGAGUAGCCGUUAAUGGAUUUUUUGAGAAGUUAGACCUGAUAUCCGAGACCAUAGAAGCUUUUGGACCUCCAGUUAGUAACAGUUACAGUCAUUACUAAAAAUGCCGCAACAUA